AUGACGUUAGCGUUGUUACAUAGGCAAAAGAAUAUAGUCAUAUCUGUUGAUAGGAAAGGCUCAUUGCAAGGCAGAACAACGAACACGAAGAUCAUUGAAGGGCAACACGAAGCUUGCUCCACUUCACAGGAAAGAAUGUCUAAUACUAAUCUCAUGAAACCACAACGAACACGAAGAUCAUCAAGGGACAGCACGAAGGGAUUUGUUCUUCCUCUUUCGAAUCCACUUCGUCUUAAAAAGAAUUAUCAAAAAAGAAUGACGACGGAAAACCGUGCCUUCAAACGUUUAGUCGAAGUUGGUCGAGUGGUCUUUAUUGACUCUGGCGAAGACGCUGGAAAGCUCGCUGUCAUCGUUGAAAUAAUUGACCACAACAGGGCACUUAUCGAUGGUCCAUCCACUGGUGUAGCCCGACACGCUCAUGCUUUUCGUGGUAUGACACUUACUGAUCUAGUAGUCAGAGGAUUCCCUAGGGGAGCCGGCUCAAAAAUAAUCAAGAAAUAUUUUGAUAAGGAAGAUAUUUUGAUCAAAUGGAAUAAAUCAACGUGGGCCAGAAAAUUAGAUAAUCGUACGAGGAGAGCUGCAUUGACUGAUUUUGACAGAUUUAAAUUAUUAAAAUUGAAGAAACAGCGACGUUUUAUUGUACAAUCAGAAAUUGCUAAGUUAAGAAAGAAUAAAUAA